CACUCGCGAGCCAACACUAUUUUGCAGAGGAGGCACGGAGCAUGCAUUCGACAGUGUGAUGUGGCAAACCUAGCCAUGAAAAGAAGAAAACAAGUGGGACUACGGAAAUGACGUGUGCGAUUUUCCAAGACUGCUGAAGCAAAAUUUCUUGGCUCUGUCUGCAAAGUCUGUGAACGUGUGCUUGCUGACUACAUUCGCGUCAUCGCUUGAUUUACGUCUGACGUCAAAGCGUCAGCCGGCCCAAUGUUUACAUCCUGCAGUGGUGUGUUUUUAACUGGAUCCGCGAACAAGAGGCUGGCUAUUGAAGAGAUCACAAGCUGAAAGGCUCCAUCAGCGGCCCAUUAAGGCAUCAUGGGUGGAGCUGUGAGUGCCGGCGAGGACAAUGAUGACUUGAUUGACAAUCUGAAAGAGGCCUACUACAUCCGCUCGGACUUGGUGGAGCGGGCUUUUCGUGCCGUUGACCGCGCCGACUAUUACCUCGAUGAGUACAGGGAGAACGCCUACAAGGAUUUGGCUUGGCGGCAUGGGAACAUUCACCUGUCAGCUCCAUGUAUCUACUCUGAGGUGAUGGAGGCUUUGGACCUCCACCCUCGCGUCUCUUUCCUAAAUCUUGGCAGUGGGACGGGCUAUCUCAGUACUAUGGUGGGCCUCAUACUGGGACCAUUUGGAGUGAAUCAUGGGAUUGAGUUGCAUGCUGAUGUCAUCGAGUACGCCUACCAGAAGCUUGAUUCCUUCAUCAAAACCAGUGACAGUUUUGACAAAUUUGAGUUCUGCGAGCCAUCUUUUGUGGUGGGCAACUGUCUGGAGAUCGCUCCGGAGAGCCGUCAGUACGACAGAGUUUACUGUGGGGCCGGGGUGCAGAAGGAUCACGAGAAAUAUGUGAAGAACCUAAUUAAGGUUGGCGGGAUCCUGGUCAUGCCGCUUGAGGAAAAGCUGACCAAGAUCACCCGCACAGGACCAAACAGCUGGGAGACCAAAAAGAUCAUUUCGGUGUCCUUUGCUCCUCUCAUUCAGCCCAAACACAACGUGAAUGGCAAACCCAAGACUGUCCCACUGCCAAAGUACGAGGUACGGUCAUUACAGGAGCUUGCUCGUUUCUGCAUCCGCCAUACGCUGCGAGCGACCAGUGACGCAGGAGAAUGCCAAUCCCGCACCCGCGGCUCCUCGUUUAGCGUGGGUAGGGGUCUGGCUGUGGCCGGGCUCCACAAAUACGGCCCUCGCUUCAAACGCCGCCGCGUGCACCGGCGUCGCUGCAACGCCCUCGUCCUGGCCACCCGCCAGGUGGUCGGCAGCGCUAUGAGCCCUGCUGCGUCUUUGGACAGUAACAAUAACCAGGGAGGGAGAGCGGAGGAUGAGGAGGCGGGCCGGAGGGAGGUCAGGCGAGAGACCAGGGGGUGCAGGAGGGCAGCUCGAGGCUUGAUGGAAGAAGAGGAGAUGGUGGAGGAAGAGGUUGAAGAGGAGCAGGAGGAAGAGGAGGAGAGGGAGACGGGAGAGCUUCUCCGAUUUCAGCCUCCUGUCAACGUGUUGCGAGAGAGGAUCCUCAGCCUUCCGCUGCCUGAGCCUUUGAAGAGGUUCCUCUUGUACUACAGAAACAAGUGAGCAACCAGGCAGCAGAGACUUGAAGACAAUCCCCAACCCCCCCCUGCAGACAGCAGGACAGCAUGCCUGACAUCAUCUAGCCCUCGUUAAUGGUAGACCAGGGGUCACCAACUGAGAGCUACUUCUUGGCUACUAAUUCAUGGGCCACCAUUUUGAAACAAAUUUUUAGAAUUAACAAAUGUGCUCAAAUGAUCUUAAAUAGGUUGUGUCAUAAUAAUCAUCAAUGAGGAUUUGAAUAUCAACUCGCCACACUAUUUCUAUGAAUCAUUUCUGCAGCAUUCCUAGGAAGUCAUAAUGUCCCAUCACUGGUGAGCCAGUUUUACAAGAGCCCCCUGGGCUACCUUGGUGCUUGGGGGCUGCCCGGUUUUCGUGGGCAACAUGUUGGUGAUCCCUGGUGUAGACUCUAUUCAACAGUCCCAUCUUGUUUGAUCGAUGUGCAGUUUUGAUUUGCUGCUGAAUGUAUAUGAUCAUUUUUGUAUAAUGCACCAGGAAUGGUGUGAAUAAAUGGGUUGUUGGUUUUUGUAAGUUGAGCUGUAUUAUUGACUGCUGUAAUAAAAUGGAUUCGACUAAAGUAAA